AAUUUGAGGUACGAGCUCAACAUGCGACAGCAACCUGUAGCUGCCAGAGCUUGUGGUUUUGGAGAGCGUGACCGACGUGUUGUUGACCCUCCGCCUAUCCUCGAACUCAAAGUCAUCGAUGCCGUGACGGGGAAGGUCGACAGCGAGAACACUCCCUAUGUAUAUACGACAUUGCAUUGUACUCUAAUCAACUCCAUGACAUACAGAGACGAAUCGCAGAUCGAGCCAGCACAUCCGAACGCGCCAGCCACGCAGCGCCUCAUGGGAACUGCAGUCGCAUCUCCAUUUUCCGGCACCGACGAGACGGGAAGAAGAGGAACGUUCUUCGUGUUUCCUGAUCUGUCCUGCCGCAAUCCUGGAAAAUACCGAUUUCAGUUCCGAUUGCUGAUCGUAGACCCGCUGAACCUUUCUGUCGGAACAACCUCGCGUAUACAGAGCUCGAUCAUCUCUGAGCCAUUCGAAGUCUAUACUGCCAAAGAGUUCCCAGGCAUGCGAGCCAGCAGUGCUUUGCUCAAGGCGCUGAGAAAGCAGGGUCUCAAUGUGGCUGUCAAGAAAGGCCGUGAA